UCCGCCGACAAAGUGCGUUUGCGUGAAGGCAGAUUGGUGUGAGAGUAAAGCUGCCAGGCACUCUCCUCCCAGAAUCUUAAUCUCCUGUGACACUGAAAGCAUCUUCUUAGUCACUAGAUGUGAUGGCAUAAGUAUAGGAGUGUGUUGCAGGGCCAGUAAGAACCUUCGAGUGUUUUUUUUUUUUCCUGAGGAAGAUGCUGAUUUUUGUAUAAAUAACGGCACGCUGCCGCUUGUACGCUGCAGACGUAAUCGCAGCCGGGGCUGUUGCUCCGAGGAGCUGCCCACGCCUGUGGCUCUGAGCUUGGCGUCCCGUCUGCACGGCCCAGGCUGAGCGACGAGAGGCAAACAUGGCCCAAGCACCCCCUGAUCCGAGCAGUGCGGAAACUGCUGACCCAGAGGAGAGUUCUCCAAACAUGAUAGUCUACAGAAAGAUUGAAGACAUUGUUACAAGAAUGCAAGAUGACAAAACAGGUGGAGUUCCCAUCCGCACUGUCAAGAGCUUUCUGUCCAAAAUCCCCAGCGUGGUCACUGGUUCUGAUAUUGUGCAGUGGCUUAUGAAGAACCUCAGCAUUGAGGAUGCAGGGGAAGCAAUACACUUGGGAAGUCUUAUUGCUGCACAGGGCUACGUCUUUCCCAUCUCAGACCAUGUCCUCACCCUUAAGGAUGAUGGGACGUUCUAUCGUUUUCAGGCACCAUACUUUUGGCCUUCAAACUGCUGGGAACCAGAAAACACAGAUUAUGCCAUCUAUCUUUGCAAACGGACCAUGCAGAACAAAGCUAGGCUGGAGCUGGCGGAUUAUGAAGCCGAAAACUUAGCAAGACUUCAGAGAGCGUUUGCAAGAAAGUGGGAAUUCAUCUUCAUGCAAGCAGAGGCCCAAGUGAAAAUCGACAGAAAAAAGGAUAAAACAGAAAGAAAGAUUUUGGACAGCCAGGAAAGAGCAUUCUGGGAUGUGCACAGGCCUGUGCCAGGCUGUGUGAACACCACAGAAAUGGACAUUAGAAAGUGUCGCCGUAUGAAAAACCCACAAAAAGUGAAAAAGUCAGUGUAUGGGGUUACAGAGGAGUCUCAGCCCCAAAGCCCCGUACACCUGCCCUCCCAGCCGGUGCGCAAAACCACAAAAGAGGAUUUCCGCAAGCAGAUAACUUUUCUGAACAUGCAGAUAGAGAGACAUUGUUUAAAGAUGUCCAAAGUAGCAGAAAGUUUAAUAGCCUACACAGAGCAGUAUGUGGAAUAUGACCCCUUUAUAACUCCUGCUGAGCCUUCCAAUCCCUGGAUAAGUGAUGAUGCAGCAUUGUGGGACAUUGAAAUGAGCAAAGAACCUAGUCAGCAGCGUGUGAAAAGAUGGGGUUUCUCCAUGGAUGAGGUGCUGAAGGACCCAGUAGGACGAGACCAGUUCCUUCGUUUCCUGGAAUCAGAGUUCAGCUCAGAAAACCUCAGGUUUUGGUUGGCUGUCCAAGAUCUCAAGAAACGACCUUUACAGGAUGUGACCACAAGAGUGGAAGAAAUCUGGCAAGAGUUUCUAGCUCCUGGGGCCCAAAGUGCUAUUAACCUGGAUUCCCACAGCUAUGAAAAAACAAGCCAAAAUGUCAAAGACCCAGGGAGAUAUACAUAUGAAGAUGCUCAGGAGCACAUUUACAAGCUGAUGAAGAGUGACAGCUACGCGCGCUUUCUGCGUUCGAACGCUUACCAGGACUUACUGCUGGCAAAGAAGAAGCCAGAGAAUGAGCAAGGUCGUAGAACUUCUCUAGAAAAGUUCACUCGCAGCGUGGGAAAGUCUCUGGCGAGCAAGCGCCUCACGGGCCUGAUGCAGUCCUCCUGACAGCUCCGGCCGACCGCCCCGCGGGAGAGACAGCUGGGACCGCUGCCGGGGACGGGGCGUUUCGGGGAGAGCAAGUCCCUGCUGGGGAGACAGCCUGAGCAAGUGGAAGCAGAGAGCCACACACCAGUGGAGCACCUCUCUUCAUAGUUUACACCAACACUUCCCUGUCUGCACAGCUCCCUAAGGACCCUGAGCUCUGUGCAGGUACUUUGUCUCCAGCUGAGGUUUGGAGAACACUUCACCAUACACAGGAGGUCAACAAGGCAAGGGCUUGCUGUCUUGUUAUUUAAGGAAACAGACCCAACUACAGCUUGGAGAAAGAAGAGCUGAGAGAGAUCAGUGUUUUUCCACAUCUCUUUCCUCCCUGGCACAAACGUGACUGUAAUAAGAUGGCGCCGCAAUCCCACUUACUCCCUUUCAUGUGGCCGUCUGGAUCCAAUAAAAUAUCUGGAUAUUUUAGCUGGAAGCUGCUUCUCCUUCUCACAAAAUCCCAAAUGCAUUUCACCUGCAGAUUCACUGACUUUAACUUGGUUUUUCUUUCCUAUGUUUCUCCUCCUUUAAAACAAUGGGGGAAAAAAAAAGGCAUUAAGUUCAUCACUCGUUGUCCUUCCAAUAGCAUGUAGCAUGUCCAGAGAUGAUACCAGAUCCUCAGCUGAAGUGAGGAAAGCAGGAGUGGUUUUCAUCACCUGAGGAUCUUCCCCCUUGAGUCAGACUGAUCCUGGUGCAAAUUCUCUGACGUCGGUGGAAUUGUUCUGCAUGUGCGCGUAGUGCAAAUGUGAUCAGACUCUGCCUGGUGCUCAAAAAGUCAUGUUUGAGAUGUGCAAUGCACACACAAGCGCGCACACACACUCACACACACAGUAUUUAAAGUGAGUUGAUUUAUAUUUUAUUUAAUUUUCUAUUUAUUUAAGAUUUUGCACACCUAAUCAAUGAUGUUCAAACUUUUCUCCGAGCAAACCGAACAGGACUCCAGCUCUCCAGUCAGAGAGGGCCAAAAUCCAUUCACUUGUGUCCAGGGAAAGGCAACUCUGAGGAGGGAAUUGAUGGUGUGAAUGGGCAAGAUGCCAAGUGACACUCCCUAAACAGCAGCAUACCCAGCUGUGAUAUUGUGCUCAGAUAACUGACCCUGCUGAGAAGCAGCAUUCUGAGAGUGAAAUUGUACCACUGGAGGAAAUGAGCUUCCACUAAAACUCAUCUGACCUGCAGCUCGUGCAGCAAAAGACGGCAGCAGCAAAAGAUGGCCCAGUAGCUUGUUUCUUGUUUCAAGCUGUUGGAAGUGUGGCGGUUAGGAUGAGGACAGGACUGAAGUGACUUUGUUAUGAAAUCCAUUUAUACUAGCUGCAGAUAGGAAAAUGGCCUGCAUUCACAUACAGUACACUAUCUAUAUAUAAAAAGAAUUUCAAGACUCAGCUGACUCACAAAAUCUCCUAUAUUUUGUAAGCAGUUCAGAUCUGAAGCAUACAUGAAACUAGACAUUUCUUGGUCUUCUUCACUCAUGCCAAGGCAAAUUGGCUUUUUGUACAUGUGGUAGAAACUGUUAUAUGGCUACAAGUCUACAUUCCUACCUAGGCAAAACCAUCUAGCUAAGUAGACAGCUGGCUAUUGACAACAUUCACUUCUGAGGCAAGUAUUAUUCUAAUAUCUAAGGCCUAUGUAUGCACAAAAACAUGCCAGCAUAGUUUCUGUCAGAAAAAAACCCCUUCCUCUUUGCCCAUGACAGUUCUCAUUCUGAUAUCUCUUUUCUUUCCUGCAGAAAAGAAUAUCAAUUUCCUAAUAUCAAUUAUACCUAAGGUCCAUUCACCUGCAUGAAUGUACAGUAGAUGACUGAGUAGGAUCUUUGUUCUUUACACAUGCCUAUACCCUAAACAGCCUGCUGUCUGACCUUCAGACCAAAUUCAUCCUACACAUACAUGACACACAAGCAAGUUCCAGGACGGCAGAACCAUGAAUGUCCCUGACAUUUUUGUGGUCUCCUGCCUCCGAAGAGAACUUUUGUCACCCUCCAAAUUGUCACUUAGCUGUCCUUGCAGGACCUAUUUGUCCUCUGUUGCCCACCCAGCUAAAGAGUCCCCUUGGGAAAUAGCAGGUCUUUGUUCAAUAGGUUCACAUGUCCAUUCAUGCAUAUGGAUAUGUGCCCCCUUGGUCAUCCCUAGGAAAAUGCAGAGGUCGUCUCUUCUUAGAGCCUUGUAGAUGGUGUUUUUAUCUCUGUCAAACCCUCCAGUGCCAUGCAUCACUGGAGCUCUGUAAACCAACAGCUGCUCACACUCCAAGCCACUCUGCUGCCAGUGCUGCCCAGCCGCAAGGCAUUUCCCACGGGAGGUCUGUCUUGUGAACCCUCCAGCUGGUCUGCAGAGCAUUCCUGAGCAAAAUGUACACAUAAAAUAUGAAACUGGUGUGUAGCAAGGAGCAGGGGUAGCAAAGUGGCACAUGUGGGUCCCUGCUUUGCAGUGAGUUCCCAUGACUGGAGAGGUCAUCUCCUGGGGGAAGGAUGGGGCAGCUCCACAGAGGAACUCCUCAGGACCUUCAGCAUGGGGACACGUGUGGGCAGGACUGGAGACUGCUGGUGGGCAACGGGACAGGUGGAAUUAGGGUUAUGGUCUGUGCAGGCAGCAGAAAUGCCAGACUUUAACCUGAGGAUGAGCUGCUGCCCUGUGAGCCACGCACUCUGCUUUGUCUUUCAGCUUUGUUCCUGCAGGACGGUCACGUUGGCUGCCGCAGUAUUUUGCCUGUGGGGAAUAUUCUGUGUUUGAACAGUUGAGCGCAUGGAGGGAGUUCUUACAGACAUGGAGAGUAUGCAUAUGGGCGUGCAUCAGGGGGCCUGGAUGCUGAACAGCUUGCCAUUUAAAUGCACACUCGUGCAAACUAAUCUGCUCAGCAAUGGCUAGCUGAGCGGACAGAGCUGCAUAUCCUCUGGAGGGAAGAAAGCUCUGCUUCUUGUUUCCUGUCUAAAUUUCUCCAAAACAAACAUGAGAGUAGACAAGGCCUCCUCCUGGGAAUACAUAUUAACUGUUCUUCACAUGUCUUUUACUUCACAUAUGGUGAUAUUAACAUGUAACUACUUCCACAUGAACCACAUCCUUGAAUUAUUGCUUUUUAAUGACCUUGCUUAUUCCAAGUGAUGCUACUUUUGUACACCCAAUGGUAUCCCAUUGAGCAUUGCAAGCAGUAAUCUGCUGCUUUCUGUGUCCAGUGUCUUCCAACUACCUCAUCAUGCUGAAGAUGAGUUAGGAAAUCAGCUUUCCACCUCUGUUUAUGUUCUAAAUGGCAUCAAUUCAAGGAAAGACAGUCUGGAAAGCUCCUACAAUGUCCAAGCUGUGCAAGCUAGCUACAAAAGUACCCAUACUUACAGGACUAUGGCUGUGAAAUAUGGCUGUGCACUGUUAUUUGGUUAAUAGAGUAUCCAGAGCACGCAUGGCUAUUGUGGCAAAACAGCAGCAGGACAAGAACUAGGAAAGGUUCGACGAGUCAGUGCAGACGGCGUUAGGCUGAAGCAAAUGGAUUAAUGUACUCUCAGUAUAACUCAGCACUAAGAUCCCAUAGAGUACUGUAAUAAAAUGGUAGCAGGGCAGCCAUAAAAAGUGGCAGUAAACUGACAUAAUAUUACCAGAAUAAAUGUAGCAAUAAGGUAACACAGGCCACUGCAGUAAAGUAGCAUUUUGAUAAUGCAGCAAUAAGACACAACAGGAUGCUGCAGUAAAUUAGUAUGGGGAAUAAGGCAGUAAUAACAGUGUGGACAAACAGUGGUACAUUUGUACCAGGUACUGCAGCAAUAAAGAUAACACAAGAUGUCCUAGUAAUAAGUUACUACAGUAACAACAACAUGAUGCACUGUAAAGUUAUAUCAGGAUGCUUCCAUGCUGCAGUCAAAUCCUACAAGAGGUGGUAGUGAGACAAUGAUGACAAAAUAUACCCCAUUUCCAAAUGCAGAACGUGAAUCAGUUUUCUGCACCGUAACCCAGAUUCUAGAAUGAUCUCAGCAAUACCAAUCUUCUCAUUCCUGCUUUCAAGGAAGCUGAGGCAAGUGUGUUCCCCCACCCAGACAAUUAUUUUGGUCUGAUAAUACAAAAUUGACUCAUUGUCUCUUCAGCCAAAUUGUCACAGACUGUGGUGAAGUUCUUUGUUUAGUCCUACUCAGGUGAAACCCUGGUGGUUUUGGUAAGUCCUUUGCCUUUGAAAGGAUUUGGCUCUCAUCUUCUGGCAUGGGUGAUGCUUUUAGCCUAAAAUUAUUUCUGGUUUGGGUGGGAGAAGGGGAACCCAGGUACAGAAAAUUUGACUGUACCAGUCUGUUUCCUAAAAUGCACAAAUAAAUGGAGCAUCCUGGAAAAGUCAAAG